AAGGAGGUCAUGAAGAAGAUAGGCAAGUGUCAGAAUAGGAAGUAUGUGAAACCAUAAAAAUCAAGAGGGCAAAGUUUUAGGAUUUUGCUAGAGUGGUUGUGUAGUUUUAGGCGAAGAAGCCAGAUUGCUUGGUUUAGUGGUCACUGGAAAAUGAGGAAGGGGAGAUAGACUGCUCUUAACAUAAGAAGGGAAAAUAAGAAAUUGGUUAACAGUUUGAGUGGGCCCUAGAGUCAAGGGAGGAUCCCUAUCCCUGUUGGAGAAAUUGGCAUGUUUGUAGGCUGAAGGGGAAAAUGGAUAUAAGGACACAGUGGGAGGUGUUGGCCUUUCAGUAGAAGGGGAACGUGGGCAAAGGAGACUUAAGAUGGGUGUGGGUAGUUGCCUGAGGGCCUGUUUUUUGGGUAAUGAAUGAGUCAAGGUUAUUUCUUGAAAGAUGGGGGACCAAGAGAUUAAAUGGAGAAAUUGAGAAAAAUAGUAAAAUCUGAAAUAAUCAUUGAGAGCAAAGAGGGAGCUGAUGAGCUACAACAGUUGAGUAGAGAAGAACUCAGGUGUUACAGCGAGGCUGAAAACCCAACUGAGGGUGAAGAGCAUGUAUUUGUAAUUGUGCCAAGAUUCUGUGAUUUUCUUCAGUUGUGUUCAACUCACUGGCCUUAGGAGUUUUGAAGGAAGAUUGUGGCAUUGAUUCAGGACUAAUGUGUUGCUGGGCAGGAAAUAAAGUCUCUACUUUCACUGUUUGGAGGUCAGUUCACCAGUAGUCAGGAAACUUAUGGAAAGUCUCCUUUUUGGAUUCUUAGCAUUCCCUCUGAAGAUAUUGCCAGAAACUUAAUGAAACGGACAGUGUGUGCCAAGUCUAUAUUUGAACUAUGGGGUCAUGGAAAGUCUCCAGAGGAGCUGUACAGUUCUUUGAAAAACUACCCUGUGGAGAAGAUGGUUCCAUUUCUGCAUUCAGAUUCUACAUAUAAAAUAAAGAUUCACACAUUUAAUAAAACGUUGACACAAGAAGAAAAAGUCAAACGGAUAGAUGCACUUGAAUUUCUGCCAUUUGAAGGAAAAGUUAAUUUAAAGAAGCCACAACAUAUAUUCUCUAUUUUAGAGGAUUAUGGUUUGGACCCAAACUACAUCCCUGAGAAUCCACAUAAUAUCUAUUUUGGUAGAUGGAUUGCAGAUGGACAGAGAGAGCUUAUUGAGUCAUACAGUGUCAAAAAGAGACACUUUAUUGGAAAUACAAGCAUGGAUGCUGGUUUAUCAUUCAUCAUGGCCAACCAUGGAAAAGUGAAAGAAAAUGAUAUUGUAUUUGAUCCAUUUGUUGGAACAGGUGGCCUUCUGAUAGCAUCUGCUCAUUUUGGUGCAUAUGUAUAUGGGACAGACAUAGACUACAACACCGUUCAUGGCUUGGGAAAGGCUAGUAGGAAAAACCAGAAAUGGAGAGGACCAGAUGAAAACAUUAGGGCAAAUCUUCGUCAAUAUGGUUUAGAGAAGUAUUACCUUGAUGUCCUGGUUUCAGAUGCAUCUAAACCUUCUUGGAGGAAGGGCACAUACUUUGAUGCAGUCAUCACUGAUCCUCCAUAUGGUAUUAGAGAGUCUACAAGAAGAACAGGUUCACAGAAGGAAAUACCAAAGGGGAUAGAAAAAUGUCCAGAAAGCCACGUUCCUGUUUCCUUGAGUUAUCAUCUGAGUGAUAUGUUUUUUGACCUGUUAAACUUUGCAGCUGAGACCCUCGUAUUAGGUGGAAGACUAGUCUAUUGGUUACCAGUGUACACACCAGAAUACACUGAAGAGAUGGUACCCUGGCACCCUUGCCUGAAACUCAUCAGCAACUGUGAGCAGAAGCUUUCCAGUCACACAUCCAGGCGCUUGGUAACGAUGGAAAAGGUGAAGGAGUUUGAGAACCGGGACCAGUAUUCACAUCUGCUGAGUGAUCACUUUCUGCCGUACCAAGGUCAUAAUUCCUUCCGUGAGAAAUAUUUCAGUGGGGUAACAAAAAGAAUUGCCAAGGAAGAAAAAUCUAGCCAGGAGUGAAAAUUAGGAUUUUGACAAUGGAGAAAGAAUAAGGAUUUGAUAGAAAAGACAUCUGGAUGUGAACUUUCAUGUAUGUUACAGGAAAUGUACUGUUUUAAAUAAUUUUAUAUAACAAAAUAAAUUCUAUAAAGUCAACUGAACAAUUCUUUUAACAUUAGCUUUGUUUUAUAGACUAUUUUGUUGUAUAUGGCCAUUUGAACUUUAUAUUUAUGCUUUCAAGUGUUAUGGAAAUUGAAAACAGUUAUAUUUUUGGUAAUUAAUUUACAAAUGGUGUUGACUUUUUAAACAGAUAUCUGCUGGAAAUGUUAUAGGCAUUAAUAGUGUUUGAGAAUUUAUUCAUUAGGUAGGCUUGUUUAAUUUUGUUUUCAAUUGUAAUUGUUUUACAUCGUCACUAAUAAAGCUUACUGAGGAUUCCUAAAAUCGUGUAGUAUACGGAGGGGAUGUGAUGAAGGAAAUGAAUUUUUAUUUAUAAAUCCCAGACAAGUAAGUAAUCACAGUGAUAAUGGUGAUGAUGAGAAAGGCUAGGACCUGACAACCUAAAAAGAUUCCAAACUCCUUGAGGCCUGUCCACAUCUGAAGCUCGUCUGUACCUUGGAUUUGCUUCUGCAUUCCUAAACCUUGACUGUCGGUCAAGUUAACUACCCACAAUUUUUGGUUUAGAAAGUAACUGAUAGUUAAAAGCAGUAACAACAACACAAAUCCUUGAUGGUUCCCUAAUGGUAUUAAGUCUAAUCAGAGCUCUUUGAAAUAGAAGCUGUAUUUUCUUGAAGGAGAAACUUUGCUGAGUCCACAUUGUGUCCAUCAUGAAAAUAUCUUGUUUGAAAACCACUCUACCCAUUAAUUCAGGAUGCUAAUAGCUUUCCUGCUCUCGGUGGUCAAAGUACCUCAGCAGGACAGCAGUAAAUGAAUCCUCUCUCUUUAACCAGAGCCUAUUUUUAUUUAUGCUAUUAUUAUUAUUUUAGUGUUACUGCUGGCUUUUAUAUAGGACUCACAAUUUGAACGUGCAUA